AUGUCGGCAAGAAUGCAGCAAGGCGGCCGCCCCGGGGGCUCGAGGUUCGCCCAGUUCAAGCUGGUGCUGCUUGGCGAAUCUGCCGUCGGAAAGUCGUCGCUGGUGCUGCGCUUCGUGAAGGACCAAUUCGACGACUACCGAGAAUCCACCAUCGGCGCUGCCUUCCUCACCCAGACCAUCGCCCUCGACGAAUCCACAACCGUCAAGUUCGAGAUCUGGGACACAGCAGGCCAGGAGCGGUACAAGUCGCUCGCCCCCAUGUACUACCGCAACGCGAACUGCGCCGUCGUGGUAUAUGACAUAACCCAGGCGUCAUCGUUGGACAAGGCAAAGGCGUGGGUGAAGGAACUCCAGCGCCAGGCAAACGAGAACAUCAUCAUUGCUCUCGCCGGCAACAAGCUUGAUUUGGUCACCGAGUCCCCGGACAAGCGCGCCAUUUCCACGGCCGACGCCGAGCAGUACGCCCACGAGGCCGGCCUGCUCUUCUUCGAGACAUCCGCCAAGACCAGCGAGAAUGUGCGGGAACUCUUCACAGCCAUCGCAAAGAAGCUGCCCCUGGAUCAAGGCGGUCCACGGAACCUCAGGCCCGGCCAGCAACGACAGGGCGUGAACCUACGGCCGGAGGCGAACCAGACGCAAGGCCCGGGAGGCUGUAAUUGUUAA